AUGCUUAUCAUUGAUGUCCUUCCACUUCUUCUCAUCAUCCUGAUUGCGAUAUACCUGCUCUAUAAAUGGUCCACAAGGGUGUCUAUCUCGCACAUCCCUGGUCCCGAGUCGAAGUCUUUUUUGUAUGGUAAUAUAACCGAGCUCCUCCAAGUGCAGGCCGGAGAGGUAGACUUCAAAUGGCAGAGAAUGUACGGGGAUGUGGUCAGAGUACGGGCUCCGUUCGGGGAGGAUCGGCUUUUGAUCUCUGACCCCAAGGCCAUACAAUAUGUAUACCAUACGGCGAGCUAUGCCUUCCCUAAGCCUCAAUCUCGCCGGCAGAUAUCUGGGUUGAUGUUUGGACGGGGACUGACCUUCCUUGUAGGCGAAGAUCAUGUUCGGCAGCGUAGGGUCAUGAACCCAGCUUUUGGAUUUCCGGAAGCCAAAUCAUAUAUACCCAUCUUUUCCUCUUGCGCGGAGAAGAUGGUUCAAAAAUGGAUAGACUUGAUCACGGAUGAUAAUGGGCAGUCAACUGUUAUUGAGGUUACGAACUGGCUGUCCCGUGCGACGCUGGACGCGAUUGGGGAAGCUGCUUUUGAUUACCAAUUCAAUGCUCUUGAUGAACCCAAUAGUCCGUUAGUGAAAGCAUACAGCAACGUCUUCUUUGAUGUAUUUGGUAUCCCAUCAAAUUUCGGCGUCCUGUAUAUGACGAUCAUGGACCACCUUCCAUCUGCCGUCGUCUCGUUCAUUCUGAAGCAUUUCCCUGCUGGAAGGAUGGCGCAUGCGGCCAAGACGAAAGAACUCUCAACUGAGCUUUCGAAGCAGCUCAUUGCUGAGAAGAGCAGGGAUGCGUUGUCGGGAGGAGGGAGCCGGGAUCUUAUGAGUUUACUCAUCAAAGCCCAUAAAUCUUCGGAUCCGAAAGCUCAACUGAAAUUGGACGAGCUCCUUGCUGAAGAUAAACUGCGCGCUGAGAUACAUUCGGCGGAAACGCGGCUACAUGAGCGGGGUGAGACGAGGUUCGGUCUCACGGAUUUUGAUGCUAUGCCAUAUAUGUUGGCAGUGCUGAAGGAGACGCUGCGUUUCCAUCCAGUGGCGUACAACAUCUUCAGGGUAGCCGGCCAGGAUGAUGUUCUCCCGCUGAGCUCGCCGAUCACGACAACGUCAGGGAAGGUCCUUCACGAGUUGCCCAUUCCCAAGGGCGUGCAGAUCAUGUCGUCGGUUGCUGCUUGUAAUCGAAACAAGGAGGUGUUUGGAGAAGAUGCGCACAUAUUUAACCCGGAUCGCUGGCUGCGUGAGUCUCCGAAGCAGAAGGUUGCACUGGGAGUAUAUGCAGGGUUGUUCACGUUCUCUGGCGGACCUCGGUCUUGUAUAGGUUGGAGAUUUGCAGUGAUGGAGCUGCAAGCCGUGAUUGUGGCGAUCAUGAGCAAGUUUGAAUUUGCCUUCGUCGAGGGACACGGGCCUGAGAGGAUUCGGAGGGAAUCGUGUUUUGCUAUGACUCCGACCGUGGAAGGCGAGGUUGAGAAGGGUUCGAAGUUGCUGUUGAUGGUUACGUUGGGUUCGAAGAAUGAGUAG